GUGUACACGCCCCUUGCAACGGGAAAUCCUGCCUGUUCAGCAUAUCCUGAUGUGGCAAAAACAGGCUGUUCCUCCUAAAGUUUAGUCCCUAACCAUUUAUUGAGCUACAGUUCAUUAUAGUAGCUUACGCCAGGCAAUCACAUUCCGCUGCCACAACGACAAUUCAUAGGUACACGCUCCUUUUUCUUUGCUUUUUUUUUUUCUCUUCUCUUUCCCUGUCUCCACUUUCACUCCCCCCUCCCCUUCCCCUCUAACCCCUCCUCUCUCUCAAGCCUCUCCUACACGUUGCUCAUUACGCGUUUCGACCUCAACUCGGACUUUCUUGCACCAAAACACACAUUCUGGACGAAACUAAUCCCUUCCCCCUUGUGCCUCGGCGCUAAACUCUACGCUUUCACAUUCCUAUAAUGAGUUCUCAAUCCUGGGCUUCGCUGUCGGGCUAUCGAGCUCUUUCAUUCCCUCAUCAAGGUCUUCCGAGCGUCCAGGACAUCCUUUCCCCCAAUGACGCCACUGCACCUUGGUUUCAGGACCACCGCUAUCGUCGACCAUCUUUCGCCACUCACAGCGGUGGGACCGUCAUGACGCCAUCAAUGGGCUAUCUUCACUCUUCUGGAAUGCCAACCGUAGACAAUGUGCAUCAUUCCCAGCAAGGGAGUCAACUUCCUCAUGGCAUGGACGCAAGCGCGCAUCAACUCCGAUACCCGGGCUCUCAGUCUAACGUGUUUCAUACCUCGCCGUCUGACCAUUCCUCGGGCUUCAAUUCCCCAUACCCACAUUACAGCUUAAAUGUAACUGGAAACGUAACGGCUGCUGCUGCUGCUGUUGCUGCCGCUACUCUCUUGACUCAAAUUCCGCAACAUCUCCUGCUGCGACGAGGUCCUCGCGAGCGCCCGUACACGUGUAUGGGGUGUGACGCUACAUUCGAUAGACCUAGCUCGCUCCGCACACACAUGUUAUCUCACACAGGCGAGAAGCCGCAUCAAUGUGCGCAGUGCCAAAGGCGAUUCUCAGUACUCAGUAACCUAAAACGCCACCAGAUAACAUGUGGACGCACUCGGCGUAGAAACUUGGCUCCGUCUCCGGAUCCUCGUGACAAUGGUCGAAGUUCGGAAGAAGGGCCGGCCUUACGGGGAGAGCAACAACAGCAGCAGCAGCAGCAGCAGCAGACUUUAAGCGCACGAGGACCCCAACAGGUCUCACCUUCUCCUGAUUCUCAAUCAGGAAUGCAGUUCCCAACUUUAGACGAUGUACAAAGUCGAAUAGGAGCAAAUAUGAACGAGCCGCCACGGGCGAGUCCCUAUCCUACUCAUCCAUCCAUCCUCACUUUCCAUCCCAGUGGUGACACGGAUCCACUUAUGAGGCCAUCUUUUAAUCAGUACAAUUCCAGUCCCACCAUCUCUUCGCAUUCUUCCGAUGCUGCAAGCACCCUGUCAGCCGCAACGUCCAUCCCUGUCAACCAUCCAUCGGCGCAUAUCGGUCCAUCAGCUCCACUUCCGCCACGCUCUCAACUCGCCCAUUCUGGACUAGCGCACACACCAGCAGUGCACCAUCGUUCACCUGACCCUACUUCGCCUAGCGGCGUGAUAACCAAUAACCCUUAUCUCCUCGGAACCGAACACUCCUUAUCUGGAUCUGUCACGAAUGACCAUCAGCCGACAUCGUCGGCAUCAAUCCAAAGUAGCAAUAGCAACAGUAACAACCUCUAUAACGCUCAUAUCCUUUCACCAACACCUCCUACUCCGCCAUCGACAAACGUCAGGUCUCCUAGAAGACGUUACACACGUGCAAGGCCAAGACCUUGGCUUCCUGCUUCUCUUUCUUGUAUGACGAACAUCCAUGAACUCCUUAAUACGGCUCAUUCGAAGAGUGCCGUUUCCAAAGCUGUGAACACCCUCAAACGUGUCCAAACGCAAUUCGCUUCGAUUCUUUGUGCACCUUUAAGACCUGUGGUGCCGUGGAGUGGGAAUGGGAAUGGGGGUGUGGGUAUGAGCGUGCCAGAUGGCGGUGGCGGUGGCGGUGGUGGCGGUGGUGGUGGUGGGUAUGGUGGAUGGAACUUGGAAGAGAGGAACAGUUAUGCGCCUGGUGCCCCUCGUGAACCAUACCAUCCCAGGGAAUGGAGGGAUGGUGUGUCGACGUUACCCGGACCGAGGCCUUUGGCUCCGGAAGAACUUGCAAGGCAAAGUAAGAAAGGAGCCAAGCUUGGUCAUUGAGUUUGGUUUGUUUGUUUGUUUUCUUUUGAUGAUGAUGAGCAUGUUUUCAGACUGAUUCACUAUCUUCUCGUGCAUGAAUGAGGGAGGAGGCUGUUCCUUUGUUCCUUUGUUUGUUUGUUUGUUUGUUUUUUCCUGCCCUUCAAUGUGUGUGUGGUUUACCAUUAUCUCUUUUCCUUACCUACGAACGCACUUGGAUAAAUGAUUGAUGGAAAGAAACUUUUGGAGCUUGAUAUUGAACUACUUUUUUUCGAUCGAGAGGGGUCUCGUAUACGUCAUCGACCAAGG